AUGUGUUGGUCGUCGUAUUCGGAGUUGGAUGGAGUCCUUCUGAAGAAUAACAAACAUAAGUUGGUGGACAUUCCGAAAGAAACAGAGCUUCGUAUCGAUGCUGAUGGUGCCACUCCAGAACUUGAAGAAGCGUGCCAUCACUUGGAAACGAAAUUGGAAGUUCUAAGAAUUGCCAUGGACGUGGGUAUUUGUGCCCUCUGCCUAGGUUUCGGUUAUGUGCUUUCCAGAUCUUCUAUCCCCCACCUUUGCCCUCCGCCAAGGUUGUUCCGCUUGUAUAAUUUUCUUUCUUGA